CCGAAAGUUACACGGAGCACUAUUGAUGUGCGACGGGGAGAAAAUGGCAGCGGCCAUGGUGCAAAUGGCCUGCAUGUACCGGGGGAUGUUAGCGGUGAGAGCUGCGGGGAUUCGACCCCUUAUUCCUGGACUUGUGCCGAAUCAAAUCAGGGCUUUUUCUAUGACGAAAGAACCGGAAUUACAGGAAAACCCGUAUUAUAGUAAAUAUGAAGAGAAGAUCAGUAAACUGCGGAGCAACAAACCUCAAGAAUACAAAGUCCGCCUGGAGAAGUGCAGUGACAUAAAGAAGGAGCCUGUUGGACACUCAAAACAAGCUGACUUCAUUAAACUAAUGGAGCAGGAGAAAGAUAAGGAAAACAAAAAUGGACCUGAAGGUUUUACCAAAAACAAGACUUUAGAUUCUAUCCUCAACCUUAACAUGGUGAAGGACAAGUCUGGUCCUGAAAUUGAAGAGCUUUGGAUGAACUACUUCUCAACAAAAGACACAAUCAGUGCUGUCAUACCAGGUUCAACCUAUGAGAAGAUUAUCAACCGUGCCAAGUUGUGCCCAACGUUUCUGUAUGCUCUGCCCCGAAAAGAAGGAUACGAAUUCUUUUUGGGUCAGUGGGCUGGUCAGGAGCUACACUUCACCUCCCUCAUCAACAUUCAGACUUUGGGAGAAAACGCUCCCAGCCAGCUGAUUCUGUACCACUACUCAGACCUGAAGCAGGACAAGAACAUUGUUCUCAUGACUGCUGAGAUGGAUAGCAAGUUUAUCACUGUUCAUGAAGCCCAAUGUUUGGCCAAUGAGGUGCAGUUAUUCUAUGCAGCUCAGAAACAUGAGACUUUUCAACUAGUAGAGACGUUCAACCACAGACCGACGGAGUUCAAACACAUGUCUGUGAUCGCAGAGCUCGAGCAGAGUGGGAUAGGACAUACAGUCACUGCAAAGUAACACCCCUUCCUGUGGAAUCAAGGCUGGAGGAAUUAUGCCUAAAGAAUCGAAAGGACACUUGGAGGAAGCUGUCUAGUGUAGAUCUCUUCCAUAUUACUGAUUGUGCUAGCCAUCAGUGCAAUUAUCAUCUUAUAAUCCUACCUAAUUCCUACAUGGAUAGAGCUGAUGUACACAAUCUCUGUGUUGCCUUCACAAGCUCACGUCCCCUUGAGAAUACUUAGUUACAUAGUGUGGUCUGUUUUUUUUCCUGUAUAACAGUAAAUAAGGUAUUUAUGUAAAUACUUACAUAAGGAAUGUAGAAUUUGCCACCAUGGACCACUAAACGCAACCUUUCCUUCUCCGUGAUAGAGUAAAGGAGUCUGAAGCUUGACUCUAAAUUAUUUAAUCUUAUACUUUGAAAGACAAUUAUUUAUGCAACACUGAGGUUGUGAACGUGAUUUAUGAUAAUUGUGUACAUGAGGGCAGGAUAUAAAUAGUAUUUUGUUUGGAAUCUGAUAAAAGACUCUUCUAGAUAUUGUUGGCUUUGAAUGCAGUCUGAUGCGUAUGUACUUAUAUAUGAACGACUUUGCCAUAUUAACUGAACAUAGGUAUUUCAUAUUUGUAUUUUAUAAGAGUAAGUGUGAAAAUUGUGUGUUGCAACUUUGACAUCUUACUGGUAAUAAAAUAUGGUGUAAGAGUGAAGUUGUUUAAUAAACCUGAAACACUUAAACCACUGUCUAAAAAUGUAUUAAUUUAAUUAAUGUGGUCAUUUUAGAUUUUAUGCCAAUUUAACUGAUGGCAAAACAUGGUAUAAUGAUUGUAAUAAUGAUGUUGUAAUACACUUUCACACAACUUA